AUGUCCACCCAUAGAUACAACUCAUGGUUGAAGACCAAGAAGAAGGGUGAACUAGAGACCCUUGCAGAGUCUGUCGGUCUACUUGAAUUCGACGGUUUCAAGAAGGACGACCUCGGCGUAGCUCUUGACAACUACCUUACCGAGAACUCGUCGCGUUUUCUCGCCAACCCAGACCUCGCUGGCUACUUCAACAGUCGCUCCAAGGCUCAAGGAUCACCGGUCAAGAAGGAAAUCUUCCGUGAGGAUGGCCUGAAGGUAGUACGGCGACGGCCCUCCAAGGCCGUGGAAGAGGAAUCGCUUGACGACAGGAGCGACGAUGCUUCUUCUCCCAUAGCUACAUCUACCGCGCUCGUUGAAACUCCUGGUCGUGCUUUGGCUCAAGUCGCGUCGAGCAUUGCGCUACCUGCAACCCCCGCUGACGUAGCUCUGGCUGUUGAUCGCUCGACCAGCAUCGUGCGCCAACGCGUCUCGUCAAUGUACGAGGAUAGUGGCAUCACUGAAGUUAGCCAUGCGACGCGCGACACGCUUAGUACCGUCACAAGCAUCCUCUUCUGUGUCGCAGGCUGGGAACUAUGGAAUGUCCGUCGCGAAAUUCUGAGCAAUGUUUACGCCUUCACGAUUCCCGCCAUCGGCGCUCUUGGCACACCCGACUACCCUGUCUACGUUCCUGACAUGUUCCUGCUUCUCAGCUCCAGCUUCUGGUCGCCUGCCUUGACAUGGCUUCUGACCAGCGUUGUCAUCCCGUCAUUUGCUGGCUACUUUUUCAAUCUCAGCGCCACGAGCCCUCCCGCCUCGCGUGGUCGCCCUCGUCCAAACCAUGCCGACUAUGUCGUGGACCCUCUGACUUUCAGUAUUGUCAAGGCCCUUAUCUCAUUCGUUGUUUACGGUCAGAACGUUAACUUUGGUGGCCUUCUCAAUGACCUUUCCAUUGAGCGUCUCGACAGGGCCGUUUAUGGUGGCUACAAAGGCAUCUUGACCGGAACUGCCAUCACUGGCUUAGUCAGCAUUUACGAUGCCGUUCUGAGGAAGUGA